AUUAGAUGGUCAUUCAAGGAAAGUUAUAUCAGUCAAUUUCUCUCCUGAUGGUACUACAUUAGCAUCUGGUAGUUGGGAUAACUCUAUCCGUUUAUGGGAUCCAAAUUAGAUGGUCAUUCUAAUUGGGUUUGUUAAGUCAAUUUCUCUCCUGAUGGUACUACAUUAGCAUCUGGUAGUGAAGAUAACUCUAUCCGUUUAUGGGAUGUUAAGACAGGAUAAUAAAAAGCCAAAUUAGAUGGUCAUUCUUAUCCAGUUUAUUCAGUCAAUUUCUCUCCUGAUGGUACUACAUUAGCAACUGGUAGCAAAGAUAACGCUAUCCGUUUAUGGGAUGUUAAGACAGGAUAAUAAAUCUCAACCUCCGAUAAUCGUUAUCAAAAUAUUCUAGCUUAAUUUUAACCUUCCAUAAUUUAAAAUAAUGUUCUGUCAGAUAAUGUUAAUUCUAACAUUUCCAUUCUUCUAAUAUCACAAUAACUCAUCUUCUAAUCACAAGGUGCUUUAAUUUUACAAGGACAAUUUCAUAAUCCAUAAGGCAUAGACUUGAGAACAUUAUUUUAAUAAAGAGGAAGCUUAAUUUUAGAAAAAUUAAUUCAACAGUAAAAACAUUAAGAUUGAAACAUUAUAAAAAUAAUUAUAA